CCAGUGAACUCCUCGCUGUGUUCAUCAUAGUGCGUUUUAUCGAGUUUAUGGUCUCCCGUCCACAUUCUGUCUCACUGCUGCUCCAGCUUGGCUUGUUAACUGAAGGAAGACGGACACUACAGGUAAGGAUGAGGCUCUUGGCUGUCUUGGCUACGUGCCUGUGUGGCGUUCUGGCUGUGGAUGAUAUCUGCACAGCAAAGCCCAAGGACCUUCCACUGGAGCCCAUGUGCAUCUACCGCAGCCAAGACACAGCAGGAGAUGAAGCUGCAGAACCAGACAAGAUCCCAGAACUCACCAAUCCCCGUGUGUGGGAGCUGUCAAAGGCCAACAGCCGCUUUGCCCUGGCCCUGUACAAAAACAUGGCUGACUCCAAGUCAGCUACCAGCAAUAUCUUUAUGUCCCCAAUCAGCAUCUCCACUGCCUUCGCAAUGACCAAGCUGGGCGCCUGCAACAAGACGCUUGCGGAGAUCAUGCAGGUGUUCCAGUUUGACUCCAUCAAGGAGAAGACCUCUGACCAGGUGCACUUCUUCUUUGCCAAGCUUAACUGCAGACUGUACCGUAAAGCCGACACGACUGCCGAACUGGUCUCUGCCAACCGACUCUUUGGGGAAAAAUCUUUGGCCUUUAACCAGACCUACCAGAACAUCAGUGAAGUGGUCUAUGGUGCCAAACUCAUGCCCCUCAAUUUCAAAGAGAAACCUGAAUUGUCCCGGAAGACCAUCAAUGACUGGGUUUCCAACAAAACUGAGAACAGGAUCACAGAUGUUAUUCCUGAGGGGGUUCUGAAUGAAAACACAGUUCUUGUGCUCGUCAAUACCAUCUACUUCAAGGGGCAAUGGAUGAACAAGUUUGAAAAGGAAAGCGUCUUCAAGGCCGACUUCCACAAGACCGAUAAGGAAUCUUGCUCUGUGUCAAUGAUGUACCAGGAGAAUAAGUUCCGCUAUGGAAAGUUCCAGAAAGACAAGGUCAAAGUGCUGGAGCUGCCCUAUAAGGGCAACGCAAUCACAAUGGUGCUCAUCCUCCCCAUGACGGGCACCUCCCUGGCCGAGGUGGAGAAGGAUCUGAGUCUGAAGAGGCUCAUGGGUUGGCUGGACACCAUGAAGGAGAUCACAGUGGCCACACAGAUCCCUCGCUUCCGCAUCGAGGACAGCUUCAGUCUGAAGGAGAAGCUCCAGAAAAUGGGCCUGGUUGACCUGUUUGACAGUAACAAGGCCAGCUUACCAGGUAUUCUUGAAAAUGGAAGGGAUGAACUGUUCAUCUCAGAAGCUUUCCAUAAAGCCUUCUUAGAAGUGAAUGAGGAAGGCAGCGAGGCUGCAGCCAGCACAGUACUCAUUGCUAUGGGCCGUUCCAUCAACCUGAACCGGGAGGUGUUCAUUGCCAACAAGCCCUUCCUGCUGAUGAUCCGGGAGGCCUCCAUCAAUGCCAUGAUCUUCAUGGGUCGUGUAGCAGACCCUUGCGGGAGCAGCGAAUAAAACUCAUAGCGGAGCCCUUGAUCCCAGUCUAUGGCUAUCGCAAACAGUGACUGUACACCAUCUGAAGUCCACACACAACAAUCUUCAUCUGUGGAGGGCUUUUCUGCCUGCUGUGUUGAAGUUUUGUUAUCUUUUACACUCAAAAAGAGAGCCCACGCACCCCAGUUUUCUUAACCACAUUGUGAAUGUACCACAUUGUGAAUUAAAGUUUUACUGUUCCCAGAUUUCUAUUAUGUAGGUUAAUAUUUUAUUACUAUUUUGAAUGUGAUGGUAAAGGCAUGUAUUUCACAUAGCUGUUCCUAUGUGAAAUUUUUACAGAAGACAAAAACCUCAUUAGAAAAUACUUCUAAACCCAAGAAAUGCUGGCAUCCUUCUGAAAAGACUGCAAGAUCCUUUGGCCCCACAUGGCUUUUGCACAGUAUCUGUGUAGUCAGUCAAUUACACAAUGUCUAAUAAAGUUUAAUCUUUGUAUUUUAAAUCACAUUUAAUUGAUCACAAAUUGAUCAGUCUUCAGAAAGUGAUGAUUUAACAGUGACCUAUAAUACCUGCUGGAUCAUGAGCUCUCCUGAACUAGUGUCAGGGAUCCCUGCAACAGUGGGGUGACUUUCAGUAACUUUUGCCCUUGUGCACUAUUUGCUCUAUUUCUGCACCAAAUGAAAUCCAGUUGCUUUGGAUUAAAUACAUUCUUUACCACA